UAAGCCAACUGAUUAAAAGAGCUCUCCCUUCCUUCACUCCAAUUCAAUCUGGUCUCUAACGUAUUUAAGUUAGGGUUUUUUUUUUACAUCAAGUGUAUUAAUUUCUGGGAACGGUGUGAAAGUGAAUGGCAGCCAUUCGGACUGGAGAGGCCGUCGCUAACCGUUUGACUGUUAGAAAUUGAAGUUUUCAUACAGUUACUGUCAAACUCCUAUAAAAGCCCAAACCCAUUCAUUUUUUUGUCGAUCUCUCAGCAAGAUUUCUCUCUUUAUUCUCCUCUCUUGCUCCAGAUAACAUUGUUGUCAACCAGCGAAAAUGGAGCAAACUCCUGGAGAAGAAAUUGGAAUCAGAAUCUACACUGCAUCCCCGCAAAAUGAACCUAAAUUAAACAAAAUCUCCACUGGAUCCCAUCAAGAUGAUGAAACCAAACCAUCAAAGCCAUUAUGCACCCUCACCAAAGCCCCUAAAGAACCAGGCAGCAAACGGAGAGCCGUGGCUAAAGGAAUGCAAAAGACAAUCUCCAAGACAUCCAUGCUUGUUAACUUCCUUCCAACAGGCACCCUUUUGACAUUUGAAAUGCUUCUUCCAUCAAUAUCCAAGAAUGGAGUGUGCACACCUGUUACUGCCCUAAUGAUCCAUGCCCUUCUUGGUCUUUGCUCUCUUUCCUGCUUUUUCUUUCAUUUCACCGACAGUUUCAAGGGCCCAGAUGACAAAAUUUACUAUGGUUUUGUGACUACAAAAGGGUUGGCUGUUUUUAAGCCUGGUCUUACAGUUGACGUGCCUAAAGAUGAGAGGUACAGAGUUGGGUUUACCGAUCUUGUUCAUGCAAUGAUGUCGGUGAUGGUAUUCAUGGCAAUUGCGUUGUCAGAUCAUAGAGUGACCGGAUGCUUGUUUCCCGGGCAUGUUAAGGAGAUGGGUGAAGUGAUGGAGAGUUUUCCUCUCAUGGUUGGUGUAAUUUGCAGUGGCCUGUUCUUAGUGUUCCCUACUAGUCGACAUGGCAUUGGAUGCAUGUCUAAUUGAUUUCUGAGUGUGUUUGUAUUUGCUAGUUCCUACUGCAGAGGAAUUAUUUUUUUUAAUGAUCAUAAGAUUUUAUUUUUUUCUAAA